AUGUGAACUCAGUUGUAACAUACUCAAACGCAUAAAAGCUUCUGGGAUUUAUGAGGGGUUUUAUAAUUACAUCAUCACCAACUGAUUUGGUUCUUCCCAUCCUAUGUUCAUUUCUCAAUUCAUCAUCCUUCGCGUUUAUCGUAGACAGAGAAGGCCUCCCGUCGUUCGCUAAGCUCCAUUUCCUUCUGCGUUCUCUCCCAUGGAGGUUCUCAAUACGCCAAUCCUCCAAAAACUCUCCGGAAUUUCGGUUUCCAGGCCUAAGUCUUCAUUUCCAUGCCACUACGCCAAAGCCCAAUUGAGGAGCAGCAGAGGUUCCUUAAAUUUGCUUCUUAAAAUCUCAUUUUCCAGCCGUUCUCACUUCUCUGUUGAUGGCCGGAAGUUGCUCGUUUCCGCGCAUUUUCGACGACAUUCGAAUCGGCGGAACUCGUUGAGAAAGAAACUCACUGACGAACAACAGGUACGCCGUAAUCUUGAUUCCUUCGACCCAGAUUCCAAUUUUCAGAACCUCCGCGUAAUUUCAGAUGAAACUGAAAGCUCCCAAUCUAAUCGUAACUGUGGUAAUUCAAGCGACAGUUGUACUGGGGCUAUUAUAGCCGAAAGCUCCCUAUCAAAUCUUAAUUAUGGUACUUCGGACGAGGGUAGCUUUGUCAUGAGCCGAGAAAAUAUAGCUGACUUUAGCGCUGUAGAAAAAACGAAGUUCUUGUCUGAUUCUGUUCUGUGGAGUAAAUUGGAGAACUGGGUUGAUCAAUAUAAGAAUGAUGUGGAGUUCUGGGGUAUUGGUUCUGGUUCUGUUUUCACAAUUUUUCAAGAUUUGGAAGGGAAUGUUGAAAGGGUUUCUGUUAACGAGGAUGAAAUCUUGAGGAGAAGCCGAGUUGUACCCUGGGCUUUCAGACAACAAGGACUCAGCGAUAACUUCACGGAUGUGAAUUUCAAGAUUUCGUAUGCAAAGCGGUUGGCUAGAGAGAUAGAGGCAGGAGAAUAUAAAAUCCCAAAGAAUAGCUCCAUUGCUAAGUUUGUAGUUUCAGGUAAGGAGUCUGGUUUUAUAAAUGGGUUCCGUGCCGUUACCUUUCAACCCCAUUUGUUUGCAAAGCUUUCGCGUGUUGGAUUUGCAAUGUUAUGUGGCUCCUUAGUGUUUUUGGCCGUGAAGAAAUUAUUAGUGGGUGGUGAUGAUGGACCUGCAUUGACGAGGGAGGAGAAGGAAAUGCUGAGAAGAAAAAUGAAAUCAAGGAUGGAGAAAGGGAAGAUGGAGAAGGGUAGUGUUGAAGUUCUCCCAGAUGCUUCGGAACCACUUAUGGAGUCUGCCGAGAGGCCUAGAUUGGAUAAACAAGAACUCAUGAAGAGCAUUUUGAAAGCGAGGACAUCAGAAACUAAAUUGGCAUUAUUAGAUUCUUCCAAUACUCCUACUGCCAAAUCUAUAGGGUUUGAUGAUAAAAUUCAGGAAAUAAGAGAAAUGGCUAGGCUUGCACAGGAACUCGAGCAACAAGAUUCUUCCACACUAGAUAGGAAAGAAAGAAAUGAGCUUGUACAUGAGGACAUUUCCACUGAUAUGGAAAAUGGCAAUGGUCAUGAAGAGGUAGGUGUGCGCUUUCUAAAUAGUUUUACAACUAGAGAUUCAGGGAAACCUAUAGACAGUAAUGGAACAUCUCUAGGUGGUCCUAAGGGAGUAGAUUCUGGAUUCUUGGGUGAAUCAUCACACAAAGAUACUAUGCAGAAUAUUGAUCUACAUACUUCUUUUAUGACAUUGAACAUGGAAUCUUUAGAAAUACAGGAAGGCACUACAUGGAAUCCAAUAGUUAGUGGGGGUACUACCAGCUUAUCAGACACAAGGGAAGAGUUGCAAACCAAUGAUACUUGUGAUAAAUCAGUUUCUUUAAAUAAGAAUUUCAUUGAAUUGAAGUCCAAGGUCAUACGGUCAGUGAAGGAAGCUAGAAAGUACCUCUCCCGAAAACACAGAAGAAGGAAGCCUGACCAAGAACACCAAAUUAAAAGUCCUGAGGAAGGAAAAGAUGCUUUUGCCCCUGCAAUUGAUCAAGGAUUUAGAGGCAACACAGACCAGAUAAUGUACAAGGGGAAGGUAGUGCUUGGAUCUUCUAAAAUAGAUGAUAUAUCAAAUACUAAACCUGUCAAAAAUUCUUGUGAAUAUCCUACUCAGGAGAAAACAGGAAUCAAUAGUGAUGUCUUAUUGUCAAGUCCAGUUAAGGUUGAUACUCCUGAGGAGGUUGAAGAGGAGCAUGAGAAGGAUGAUCUUAGAAGGCCCAGAACUACACAGGAUGUUACUGGUACGAACAACAGUACAGAGGCAGGAAGGUAUAUAGCCAAAGAUAGUUGGAUGGAGAAAAAUUUUCAAGAGUUUGAGCCCAUAGUUAAGAAGAUUGGAAUUGGUUUUAGAGAGAACUACAUGGUUGCAAAAGAUAAAGUACAGGAAGAGUUAAUUUCAAACAAUGUGAUAGCAGAGCUGGGGUCUAAUAAAGAUGGCAAUGAACUUGAAUGGAUGAAGGAUGAUUGUCUUAGAGAAAUAGUUUUUCAAGUCCGAGAAAAUGAAUUGGCAGGGAAGGAUCCAUUUCAUUUGAUGGAUGAAGAAGAUAAGAAUUCAUUCUUCAAGGGCCUUGAAAAGAAAGUUGAGAGUGAGAAUGCAAAGCUGCAAAUUUUGCAUGAAUGGAUCCAUUCAAGGAUUGAAAAUUUGGAUUAUGGAGCAGAUGGAAUUAGCUUGCAUGAUCCACCAGAGAGAAUUAUACCCCGCUGGAAAGGUCCACCGGUAGAUAAAAAUCCUGAAUUCCUUAGAAACUUUGUAGGACAACAGAAGGCAUUUGCAGCUGGAAACACAAGAACCUUGCAACCUGUGAACGGGGAUAUCGAAGACAGGCUUCAGAGAUCAGAGGAAUCCAAAACAGAAAAAGACAUUUCCACUUCUCCUGCAGUCAAUAAUUUAAAGAAGAGUGUGGCUUCUAAGAAACCCAAGACAAUUAUAGAGUGCAGUGAUGGGUCAGUUAGGUCAGGUAAAAAAUCAGGGAAGGAGUAUUGGCAACACACCAAGAAAUGGUCCCGGGAAUUUUUGGAAGCUUAUAAUGCUGAGACAGAUCCAGAGAUUAAAUCUAUUAUGAAGGACAUGGGGAAGGAUUUGGAUCGGUGGAUCACUGAGAAAGAAAUACAAGAAACAGCUGAUCUUUUAACCAAAAUACCCAUGAAGAAAAGGAGAUACAUAGAAAAAAAACUUGACAAACUCAAAAAAGAGAUGGAGAUGUUUGGACCACAAGCUGUAGUCAGUAAGUACCGUGAAUAUGCAGAAGAGAAAGAAGAAGAUUACCUCUGGUGGUUAGAUCUUCCUUUCAUACUGUGCAUUGAAUUAUAUACAAACGAAAAUGAUACCCAAGAAGUAGGAUUUUAUUCCCUGGAGAUGGCUGCUGAUCUUGAGCUGGACCCAAAGCAGUAUCAUGUAAUAGCUUUUGAAGACCCUGGAGACUCCAAAAAUUUUUGCUAUAUCAUACAGGCUCACAUGGAUCUUCUUGGAAAUGGCUAUGCUUUUGUUGUUGCUCGACCUCCUAAGGAUGCUUUUCGGGAAGCCAAAGCGAAUGGUUUCAGUGUUACUGUAAUCAGGAAAGGGGAGCUCCAACUCAAUAUUGACCAAACACUGGAAGAGGUGGAAGAGCAGAUAACAGAGAUAGGGAGCAAAUUCUACCAUGAUAAGAUCAUGCGUGAACGCUCUGUGGAUAUGGGCUCUUUGAUGAAAGGCGUUUUUGGGGCUAGCAAAACCACUAAGAGAAGAAAGGCGAAACUGAUGGUGAAGAAGCCCACCAGGCAUUGAAAAAUAUGAUUUCAUUGCAUCUUAAGGAUGGGAACAUUGGUUUAAUCUCCUUCCAAGGAAUCGUGAUGUCACUGAUAAUAUUGACGAUUGUCCAGACAUUAAGAGGCCACAUCUGGUUUUUCGUGUAAAAUUGUACUCAACGCCAAAAUUCGGGUCGUUUAAAAUUGUAUACAAUGUGAUAUUUAUUUCUUUUACUAUGUAAAACUGUAAAAGUCUAAAUGAUAACACCAUAUUCAACGUGUGA